AGGAGAUAGUGUUGGGUGCGUUUCUCACACUAUUAGCUUUCUGCAUUAGGAGAUGUGUGAAGUCGGGUGUAAGGACUGCCACAGGCAGAUACACAAGAAAAGCUAAUAGCAGGCUUUGGAUCUCUCGAAUCAAAGAAGGAAAUCUAAUUUCAAGUGGAGUACUAACUGACAAGAAACAAUGACUGAACCCACCACUAGGAAAGAGGGAUUUAAAAAAUGCCGGAGUGCCACUUUCAGCAUUGAUGGCUUUAGCUUUACAAUCGUUGCAAAUGAAGCUGGUGACAAAAAUGCCCGACCUUUGGCAAGAUUUGCAAGGUCUAAGUCCCAGAACAGCCUGUGGAACACAAUCAUCAGUGGGCUAAAUCUCAAAGAAAAGCAAAAGCCAACAAUUGCUGCAGAUUCUCGAAGUCCAGAAGAAAUUCUAGCAGAUGAAUUGCCACAGGUUGACAGUCCAGAUGCCAUCCCGAAAACAUCAAUCAGGUUACGAUGUUUGGUAAAACAGCUGGAAAGAGGGGAGGCCUCUGUAGUGGACCUGAAAAAGAAUCUUGAAUAUGCAGCUACUGUACUUGAGUCAGUUUAUAUCGACGAAACCAGACGCUUACUAGAUACAGAAGAUGAAUUAAGUGACAUCCAAUCAGACUCUGUACCUUCAGAAGUGCGAGACUGGCUGGCCUCCACCUUCACACGACAAAUGGGGAUGAUGUUGAAGCGGACUGAAGAAAAGCCACGGUUUAGAAGCAUUGUCCAUGCAGUACAGGCUGGAAUAUUUGUGGAAAGAAUGUACAGAAGGACAUCAAACAUGGUUGGACUCAGCUACCCCCCUGCUGUCAUUGCGGUUCUAAAGAAUGUUGACAAGUGGUCCUUUGAUGUAUUUGCACUAAAUGAUGCCAGUGGCGAUCAUGCACUUAAAUUCAUCUUUUACGAAUUGCUCACACGUUAUGAUUUAAUCAACCGCUUCAAGAUACCAAUCUCUGCCCUUGUAUCGUUUGUGGAAGCGCUGGAAGUUGGAUACACCAAACAUAAAAAUCCUUAUCACAACCUGAUUCAUGCAGCAGAUGUUACACAGACUGUACAUUAUUUUCUCUUUAAGUCAGGAUUAGCGCAUUGGCUGACAGAACUGGAGAUAUUUGCCAUGAUAUUUGCUGCUGCUGUUCACGACUAUGAACACACUGGCACUACAAACAACUUUCACAUCCAGACAAGGUCAGAUUCUGCAAUUCUCUACAAUGACCGAUCUGUACUUGAAAAUCAUCAUGUGAGUGCAGCUUAUCGUCUUCUUCAGGAUGACGAGGAAAUGAACAUACUUUACAACCUGUCAAAAGAUGACUGGAGGGAAUUCCGGACUUUAGUGAUUGAGAUGGUGUUAGCCACUGAUAUGUCCUGUCACUUCCAACAAAUCAAAGCAAUGAAGAAUGCUUUACAGCAGCCAGAAGGGGUUGACAAGCCGAAAGCCUUAUCCCUGUUGUUGCAUACAGCAGAUAUAAGCCAUCCAGCAAAAAACUGGGACUUGCAUCAUCGGUGGACGAUGUCUCUUUUAGAAGAAUUCUUCAGACAGGGUGACAAAGAAGCAGAACUUGGCCUUCCUUUCUCUCCACUGUGUGACCGCAAUUCAACAAUGGUUGCUCAAUCCCAAAUAGGUUUUAUUGAUUUUAUUGUGGAGCCCACAUUCACUGUGUUGACUGACAUGACAGAGAAGAUUGUAAUUCCACUUAUUGAUGAAGCCUCACGGUCUGGGCUCACAGGCUUUAGACGUUCUAGUUUGAACAGCAUCACCCCCUCAGAAGUAAAAAGGUCAAGUGUGAAGAGCACUGGAUCAGAAGGAAGUGCCUCUUUAAAUUGUUCUAUCCUCACUGUGGAUUUCAAAAGUUUUAGAUGUUCUUGGUAUGAAGUUGUACAACAGAACAGAGAAAAAUGGAAGGCACAGGCAGCAAAAGAUGCAGAAGAAAAGGCUAAAAAGGAAGCAGAAGAGCAUGUCCCACGUGAAAAAGAAGAUACUAGCAAUGAGGAAUGUGAUAAAAAUGAAAAAAUGUUAACAUCCAAGCAUGAAACAAAGAAAGAUGAAAAUUGUGGUGAAAGCAAACUUACUGAAUCUAGUCAGGGAAAUGUAAAUGGGACACGAUUACCUAAUGUAAACAGACGUGAUGAUCCUUCAGGAGAAAGUGAGAACCGACUGGACAAGGGAGGAGAAGCUGAAAGCAAGCAGCAAGUACAAAAUGAUAAAGAAGAGUAACAGAGACUACCAAUAUAUUUCAUCAUUUUAGCUGAGCUUCUUCUUUCUGUCCCUCCUUCCACAAAGACAAGUCUCUUGGGAAAAAAAGGCAUUACACAGCUGUCUAAAAACUACAUCCACUGGUUCAUUUACAGCUAAUGACUAGUUUUAAUUUUUUGUUUGUGUUUUUCAAGUCCCCCUCUUUUUUUCUUAACAAAUAUGGUUAACCUGGCUUAUAAAACAGCCACCAAAAUAAAUCUGAGAACAUUAGCAUAUCAACAUUACUUUUUGUUGCGUGACGUUAGGGCUAAGGGAAGCCAUAGGAGAACUUGUUGGACUUGGCCAUCGAAAUUUCCCUGAUAACUGCAGUAUAGCAGUUUUUGGGGGAGGUUAGCUUCCUGUUCCUCAGAAGGCAAAGGAGCAUUUUCGCAAGUGCUUGUUAAAGCCAAACUAGGGGGUAUUCAUCUUGCACUUAAACUGAACUGCACAGAACAGAGGCUUUGAACCAUGGCUUGACAAUUAUCACAGGGUCUAACACUGUCUUAUAUAAAUGUUUUGUUUUGAAGAUCUGCUAGAGUUGAUUUUAUCACCAAUUGUUAUUUUUUGUUUAUUAUUUUUUCAUAAUGUGUUUAGUAAAAAAAAAAAAAAAAGAAAAAGAAAAAAAUGCCUAAUAACUCAUGUCUCAUUUAAUGUGGUCAUAGGCAAAGGACUACAUAUACAUAGGUCAGACAUAUAAUUUCAAGGUCUUCCAUAAAUAUUUGUUUCCUGAAGAUCAGCAUGUUAAUAUGCUUCUACUGCAUUUCACCUUACUGUUGUUAAUGCACUGUAAAAGAGGUUGAAGAGAGGUGAAGUUUGCACUUCAAUGAAAGAAUAUUUGUUCUUAGUUUUAGAACCUAUUAUUUUUAUAUUAACUUUUUGAAAUGUAUACCACAACUUGUAUCACGGACUUUUUUUGCAGUAAAUGGUAUUACUUCUUAUGGACUGAUUACCCAAAUAACUAGCCUGUAGUGCAUAAUUUUACUAAGUCUGAGCUGAGUACCUUGUAAUUGUGGAGGAAACAACCGAAUCGCUAAAAAAAAUGGUGUUACAAGAAUCAGUUCAGCUGGGGCCUAUGUAUUAAAUGUUGCAUUAAAAUAAAAACCAGGCCUGCACAACUCCAACUCCAGGGCUGCAAACAGGCCAAGAAUUCUGUUUAUUUUUACCUGAAAAGAAUUAGUUUUAUGAAUAUAAUAUGCCUGUUCUCAAAUUGUGAUAUGUUUGCAGCCUUCGAGUACCUUGAGUAGUGCAGCCCUGAUGUAAACAGUAUGUUCUGUGGUCAUAAUUUUUUGUGAAACACGUUUCAUAGAUUAGCAAAAAUGAGUGUCUGCCUCUCUGCUAAUUUAAAAAAAAAUAAUCCAAGGAUUUUUAUAACUGAAAAGGUGGCUGAUAGAAGUGCAGAAAAGUGGAAACAAAUAUCGCCUACAAUGUGUUAUGGGUAUUUGCAUCACCAUAAUAGUCGCCCAUCUUUUUAAAUAGUAGUUCUUUUUUCCAGAUACCUCUGAUUAGGAACGGGAUGCCUCUGAAAUCCCUGAACACUUCUUAUACCAAAGACCGUUUAUUGUUAGUGGAAGGAUCUCAAGUAAUUGGCCUAAUCCUGUUUUAAUGUAUUUUGGCCCCAAAUUAGCCAUACUGUAAUUCUGGUAUGAUGGAUAGGUUCCUAAAUGUAUUAAAUAUAGUUUUUAGGAUUUCAAUGUAUAUUUUGAUGUACAAAGGCAGGCACUGUAAUCAUAUUAUCCAUUGAUGUUGAAUGCAAGAGGAGGCAUGCAUUGUUUAUUUCAGGAAUGACUUGGAGAUAAUCUACUCUAUACUCAAAUUCUAUACCAAACACAUUUACAAAAAAUAACAAAUUUUCAAAUUUGGUUGUCAUCUCAUAGUAUACUGAAUAGCACAAUGAAAAUACAAAAUUCUGAAGUCCUUCUUUUAUAUUUAUUUUAAUAAAAUGUCUAAAUUUUUGCAUGUGCAGUUCAUUUUCAAAUUUAAUAAACAGUCCCUACUGUGCGUUAAAGGCUA